UAGUUUUACUUUGAAAAUCCAGAGGUGGUGUGGGAAUUCUUUCACUUCCGUGUCACCCUACAGGAGCAGAAGUUGUCAAAGUAAACAGCAACGAUAGCUAAUUACAAGAUGUCUAAUAAAGAAGUGAAAGCAGCACUAAAGAGUGCCAGAGAGGCCAUCAAAAACAAAGAGUUCAAAGAGGCUCUAAAACACUGCAAGGCUGUUUUGAAACUUGAGAAGAACAAUUAUAAUGCAUGGGUAUUCAUCGGCUUGGCAGCCAGUGAACUCGAGCAACCAGAUCAGUCCCAGACAGCCUAUAAAAAAGCUGUGGAGCUGGAGCCUGAGCAGCUUCUGGCAUGGCAGGGCUUGGCAAACCUUUAUGAAAAGACUGAUCAGUGGGAUUUCAAAGUUGAGCUACCUAAUAUCUACCAGAAGCUUGUUGAGCUGUAUGCAAGCUCCGACAAAAAUAAAUGUUAUGAGAUCAUCAGUAAGCUGUCAGAAAUCUAUCAGUCUGAAAAAGAAUAUUUAAAGUUGGCAAAGGUUUGGCUGCAGCUCAUUCAGGUGAAGGAGGAAGAGGCUGUGGAUAAGAAAGAGCUACUGCAGCUAUGGCAACAGAUGACGCAACUCCUCUCAGACUGCAUUAAUGAGGAAGAGCAGGACAACAAUGAAACUCAACAGCAUUUAAUCACAGCAUUUGAAAAGGCCAUGGUUCUCAUGGAUCCUGUACCAGGAGAGGAACACAAGAAGCUCUCAGCUGACUAUGUCAAAUGCCUUUCUAAACUGCCACAAGAGGAAGCCAAAAUGAAACAGGCAUGUGAGUCCAUGCUGUCCCUCUACCCCAACCAAAGUUAUCCUCUUGAAGUCCUUUGCUCUUACUACCUCAAAACAGGUGUUCAGAAUGUGGAUGCAGUCGGCUGUUUCUCCCGGCUCCUGGAUCUGGCCCCUAACAGCGGAUUAGGUCACUUGGGUCUGGGCACCAAAGCACUGCAAGAAGGAAGGUUUAAAGAUGCCACUAAGGACCUUGCACAAGGGUUAAAGAAAAUGAGCUCCAGCACAGGAUGGUGCAGUCUGGCUGAAGCCCAGUUUAAAAUGCAGAGAUACUCAGACAGUGCUAUGUCAUGCUCCCAAGGUCUGACAGUGUGUGUUUCCGGAGACAAGGAGCUGAGGGUCAAACUGCUGAGGCUGAAGCUAGAGGCUUUAGUCAGGAGUGGAGGAGAAGCGUCUGCCUACCAGGCUUUGGAGACAUUCUCACAGAUCCCGGACUCUGAAAAAGACCCAGUUCUAGUAGCCCUGAGAGGACGUGCAUACCUUAACAAGGGACAAGUUGAUGAAGCACUUAAGGUAUCAUCAGAGCUGGUGGCCUCUAACCCGAACCUGGCCCAGGGCUUGGUACUGAGAGGACUGGCACAGUUGGCUCAGGGGCAGCAACAGCUGGCAGAGGAGAGUUUUCUAAAGGCGGCUAGCCAGAGCCCAGACUGUGCAGAGUAUUAUUUCUUGCUGGGAAAACUCUACUGGGACAUGGGAGAAGAGACCCGUAAGGACCGGAGCAAAGCCCAUACACAUUUUCUCAAGGCUGCAAAGUUCGACCCACACCUUGGUUGUGUAUUCCGCUACCUCGGACAUUAUUACCGGGAGGUGGCAAAUGAUCAUGGCCGGGCACGAGGCUGCUAUAAGAAGGCCUUUGAGAUGGAUGACGAUGAUGCGGAGUCUGGAGCUGCCUCCGUGGAUCUUAGUAUGGAGCAGGACGACAUGGACACUGCCUUAGCAAUACUCCAGUCAGUGAUUGAGAAAGCCACUCCCGGGUCAGCGAAAUGGGCCUGGAUGAGACGAGGGCUGUACCACCUGAAGGUUGGGGACCAUCAACAAGCUAUAGCUGAUCUGCAGGCAGCUCUGAGAGCAGACCCCGAGGACUGGGUGUGUUGGGAGUGUUUAGGCGAGGCCUACUUGAACCGCCGGAGCUUCACAGCAGCUCUGAAGGCCUUUGGUAAGGCCCAUCAGCUUCAACCCUCCUCCAUCUACAGUGUCUACCAGGCUGCUGCUAUUAAACAGACCCUGGGCAAGUUCAAAGAGGCAGUUGCAGAGUACUUGCAGAUCACAGCACAGCAGGACUAUGUUCCUGCUCUUAAAGGUCUUGGGGAGUGCCAGCUGUCUCUGGCAAAAGGUUUGAUGGAAGACUGUCGAGAUGGGGGAGCCAUUGACCUCAUUCAGCAAGCCAUACAGAACCUCUUCCGAGCUGUGGUGCUGCGUCCAGACCUGUCCUGUUUGUGGAAGCUGUUGGGAGACGCUUGCACCGCAGUCAGCUCCGUGUCGUCAAACAGAGCCCAGGUUCUAGUGCCCGCCCUGCUGGCUGGUUUAGACACCAACACCCAGAGCCACGCACUGAACCAGGCCCAGACACUCAAAGUUGGUGAGAGGUGUUAUGUCCGUGCUUUGAAGCUGAUGUCUGAAGUUCCCACCCUUUGGUAUGACCUAGGGCUCAACUAUUACCGCCAGUCCAGCGUACCCAGACCUGAUGAUGUAGACCAGAACUCCCAAUCUCUGCUCCUAGUGAAGGCCCAGCAGUGUUUAAAAAAGGCUAUUAUGAUGGACAGUGGGACCCAUAGCUACUGGAAUGCCCUGGGAGUGAUUUCUAUGAGCAAAGGUCUUGAGAACUUCGCUUUGGCGCAACAUUGCUUCAUCAAGUCCAUACAAGUUGAGCCAAAUAAUGUUGUUGCUUGGACCAACCUUGGUACCCUUUAUUUGAAAAAGGACAAUAUAGAGCUUGCACACGAGGCCUUCAAGAUUGCCCAGUCGCUGGAGCCGCUUUAUGUCAACUGCUGGAUCGGACAGGCGCUGAUAGCAGAGAGAGUGGGAAGCUAUGACACCAUGGAUCUUUUCAGGCACACCACUGAACUCAGCACACAUAUGGAGGGAGUGAAAGGUUAUACCUUCUGGGUAUGCUCCACCCUGCUUGAUAAGAGCAACAGAGACUCAGAACUAUAUCGCUACAACAUAGUCCAGAUGAACGCCAUCUCUGCUGCUCAGGUGGCACUCAGCAAGUACACAGAGAGGAUCCAGUCUGACCCUGAUGCCUUCAUUAUGCUUGGCUACAUGAAUGAGCAUCUGCAGCUGAAGAGGCAGGCCAUACAGGCUUACAAAAGAGCUGUUGAACUGCUUCAGUCCAUGUCCUCGACAGAACAACUGACUUUUGCUUUGUGUAGCUAUGGCCGUGCUUUGUGCACCUCAGGCCAGUCAGAGGAGGCGGUGCGUGUUUAUAAUUCCACUCCACUGCAGGACCUCAGUGAUCUGGCUGGGCUGGCUCUGGCCUACUGCAGGGCCGGACUCAUCCCAGAGAGCAUUAGCGCCUAUGAACGUGCCUUGGCUGUGGCUUCCAUUGAGAAGGAAAAGGCUUACAUCUUGACCGCUGUGGCGCUGCUUCAACACCGGCAGGGUAACCUAGACUCAGCUAAGACCCUGCUGUUUAAAUGCUCGAUGUUAAAGGAGCCAAUCGCAGAGUCCCUGCUGUGUUUAAGUGCCCUGGGAUUGGUCCACAGUGAUGCUACACUAGCUGCUGCUGCCCUGGCGGAGCUUUUGAAACAGGGUCCAGCCUCAGGGAAAGUUACCGAGCAACGGUGUCUGCUCACCUGCGCCUUGCUCGCCCUGCAGGGCAACUACAGCGCGGUGCAAAGAGAGGCUUCCAGAGCUGUACACAGCAAUCCUGGAAACCCAUCUCUGUGGGCCCUGUUGUCCAGGCUGAUACCACAAUACUACCCCAGAAAGGCAAAUGGCGGAGCGAUGGCUGGUCAUGUUGCCUGUCUCUCCAGUAUGACCCAAGGAAAGAGGGCGCUGCUGUACAGUGGAGUAAACCAGCUGGCUAGUGGGAGACACUCUGAAGAGAACAGUCACAGAAAUGCCCUGAAGACUAUGCAGAGAGCUGUGCUGCUCUGUCCUGAUGAUCCGGCAACCUGGGCGGGAUUGAUGGCUGCCUGUCACACAGAAAACACUUCCUGUUAUCUUUCAGGUUCCGCUCCUUGCAGACGAGGACUGGAGCAAACCCUCAUGUCAGUGGUUUCUGAGAAAGUGCAUAAUGUGGAAGAGAUAGAGCGCCCUCUAGCCCAGACUCUAAAAGGCUGGGUGCUACAGCAGGCAGUCUCUGGUCUCACGCUGGGGGGACAGCUGGAGCAGGCAGAAGCUCUCUGCACACAGGUGCUGAAUGUUUCUCCCGAACACCCGGCAGUGAUGCUGUCCCUGAGACAGGUGCAGUGUCAGCGCCUCCUUUUGGCCGGUGGUGGUACUGCCCUCCCAGACUCCGUACUGGAGCAACUAAACAACACAGUGAUGAUGAACCCCACCAACCUUGGGGCGUGGCAUUGGCUGGCGGAGGUGUAUCGUAGCCAGGGCCUGCUGGUCCAGGCAGUCCUGGCUUACAGGCAGAGUCUGCAGCUAGCCUCACAGCUCGGCCUGCACAGCAGCCAGGUAGCCACCCUGCUGCGGCUAGCCCUGCUAGCCCUCGAACCCUGUCUGGCGGGGGUCCCAAGAAAGGACUGGACGGACAUGAUACUAGAAGCCACCACUGAAGUCUUGAAGCUGGGUUCGUCCCCUAUGGCCCUCCUCUUCCAGGCCCUGCUCCAGUAUGUGACCAAGAUGGCUGCUAGGGAAACAAGGCGUUUGUUGGAGAGACUGGCGUACUCUCAAGACUUCCCAGUGACAGUGGUGCAGGUUGCCAGCUGGUACCUCCUCAGACACUUGCAUGCCAAAAACGACCAGGAGCUAAUCAAUGUCCUUUUGCAACAUGCCAAAAUGAAUGGAGACCAAAGACUGCUGGAGUUUCAUUCACUGCUUGCCUCUUCUUCAACCUGAAUUUUGCAAGUCUACAAAUGCAUCACUAUGAAAUCAUGCAGCUUAGUGGUUUUUAUUUUUUAUUUUACUGUCAGCUUUUCUGCGUCUCUUCACUAAAUAAGAAAAUAUCAAACUGGACAUUAUGGGUCUGAUAUCAUAAUAUUUACUGGCUUUACAUGAUUAUUUGGUUGUACAUUAUACAGUGUUCAUGAAGUCAAAUCAGUUCAGCAAAUCAAAAUCACGAGUGUUUUCAAAAUGAACUUCACAUGAAGUAACAAAUGUUCACAUUCAGGCUGAAAUAAAGGAGUCUUGCGUAAUA